AGUUAAGAAGUUUUUUUUUUUUUUUGAAAAUAUAUUACAGAUUUUAUAGAAAUUAGAGUGAGGAAGAGAGAGAAAGGAAAAUACUUCCGCGGUUUUAGAGAGAGAGAGAGAGGGAGAUCGUUGAGUGCAGUGAUGGCUGAUCCGCUUAAACCCUCGUGAUCACUGGAAGAAGAGUGGCAAUUUCGUAAUAAAGCUCCAGUUCCUCUUUCUUUUCAGCCUUGCUGUGGGUGAUUUGAUUCCCAGUGAAGUUUUAUAAAAGCUGAUCUUAUAUACAUCUUAAGGGCACUUACUUAUAUGUUUCUGUAUAAAAUGCCUUGAAGGUCCGUGCAUUGACUUAACAAGUUAGUGAAAGCUCAUUUUCCUGUUCUGGAUUCCCUUGUUGAGGACUGGGAUUCUCUGCAUGGGAUGUGGUUUGCUGCAAGUAAAGUUCUGUAUUGACCUUAGACCGGUUGCGCUUGUGCUGAAAUGCGUGUUGGUGUGAUAUACAUGGCUUCUUAUUUCGGGUAUUUGUCCAAGUGAAGUUGGACUACAUGGAGAGAAAUCUCGGAAGAGAAAUGGAGCAACAGAAAAACUACGAACAAGUUCGAUACAACAUUGUGGAAGCCAGAAAUGAGGGACUUGGGUCUGCAAAUCAAAGGUUUCUUCAUGAUCCAUCGAGCACCAUUAAUACCAAUAUGAGACCUCCUGAUUUCAAUAUAACAGUUGCAGCUAGGCCUGUGCUGAAUUACUCCAUUCAGACUGGUGAAGAGUUUGCUCUCGAGUUUAUGAAUCCCCGGCAACACUUUGUUCCAAGUGCUUCUGGUGAUCCUAACAGUGCAACUAACUAUGCAGUUCUGAAGGGCUUUCUGGGAGCAUCUCAUACAGGGUCAGAAAGUGGGCCAGAUAUCCCAAUGCUUACCUCUGUUGAAAAAAGUCGAGUCCAGGAGUUUGAGAGGAAGAGCUCUUCUGUGCACGAAGAUAAAGGUUACUAUGAUUCUGUAAGAUCAGUGCCUCGAAUCUCAUCUAGAAAUGACAGUAGUCGGGGACUUCAUGGCUAUACCUCUUCAGGAGCAUCUGAGAGAUCAUCGACAAAGUUCAAGUUCCUCUGCAGUUUUGGUGGUAAAAUCCUCCCCCGUCCAAGUGAUGGAAAGCUUAGGUAUGUAGGAGGUGAAACACGUAUUAUUCGCAUGAACAAGGACAUAUCUUGGCAGGAUCUUAUGCAGAAAACUAUGACAAUUUAUAAUCAAUCUCAUACGAUCAAAUAUCAGCUUCCUGGUGAGGACCUUGAUGCAUUGGUUUCUGUAUCUUGUGAUGAGGAUCUGCAAAACAUGAUGGAGGAGUGUAAUGUACUAGAAGAUGGGGGAUCGCAGAAACUUAGGCUUUUUCUGUUUUCUAGUAGUGAUUUUGAUGAUGGUCAGUUUGGCUUGGGAAGCAUGGAGGGUGACUCUGAGAUUCAAUAUGUGGUUGCUGUGAAUGGAAUGGACCUAGAAUCAAGAAAGAACUCAAUUGGGUUGGCAAGCACUUCAGAUAACAAUUUGGAUGAGUUACUCAAUCUAAAUGUUGAAAGGGAGACUGGUCGAGUUGCAACAGAAUUACCUGGACCUAGUACUGCACCUUCGACUGUCAAUGUACAUUCAUCAGCAGUCCAAUCUUCUCAACCACUGGUGCCGAAUUUUUCUGGUGCUUAUGAAUCCAAUUCAAAGCCUUACCAAGGUCAGAAAAUGCGUCACGGAGAAGCUGAACAACAUCAGGUGUUUCCUGUUCACCACUUGGAGAGUGUCCAUGAUUUAGAUGGCCGGAAUUCUGUUCCUUUUUCUGUUCAAUUUCCAUAUGGUUAUGGUUCUCAACCAUUUAACUAUGGACCAUUUGGAGAAAAUCUGGUUCAUAUGCCUCUCCAUGGGCAUGUGACUCGACAGGGAGGUCCGGCUGAAGAUCAGAUGUACAGUGAUGUCCAUGUUCAUGUGCAGGGUCUGGAGGUGUCAGCAAAGGAGGAUAAAUUGAAGAGAGAUAACUCAUCCCAGAAAAUGAAUGAACCUGAAAAGAAUAGGUCACUAGAAAAGGAAGCGUCUGUGAAGGAGGCAAAAAUAAAAACUGAUAGCUCAGUCCAAAAAAUGAACGAGCUGGAAAAGAUCCGGUCUUUAGAAAGUGAGCACAAUGUUUCUUCACAUCCACAUGAUGGUUCCGUUCCAAAUUAUAUUCCUAGGGACGAAGCAUCAGUUGUCAAUUCUACUGCAGACAUAGGAGUGCCCAUGUUGCUUCCAAAAACAAGUAAAAAACACCUAGAAUCUGUACAGAUCUCAAAGCCCCCUGAAGCUGUAAGUGAUGGGAAAAUAAAUACAUUCAAUGGAGAUGGCCAUUUUCAUACCUCUGGUGGAGCAUUUUCUCCCGGAUAUGGUGACUCUGAGGCUGAUCCAACUGAAGUUAGCUACCCUGAACAAACACUGAUUCCUCCACGGGUUUUUCAUUCUGAACGUAUUCCCAGGGAGCAGGCAGAAUUGAACCGCUUGUCAAAGUCUGAUGAUUCCUUUGGUUCUCAGUUUCUGAUGAGUCACACACGAUCUGAUGUUUCACAACAGGUUGCAGAAUCAAUUGAUAAACUGCAUGGUGGGAAUGUGACUUCCCAGAGUGAGCAGGCCGCCUCAUCUACAACAGCACUGUAUACAAAUCCUAAAACUGUUGAGGAUGGACUGACACAAUUUGAAAAGUAUAAAGAUGUUGCUGAUGAUAUUAAAAAAUUGAAUUCCAAUAUUUCUGAAGAUGGGUUGGGGCCAAAGUUAUUGAAAUCUGAAUCAAAAUGGCCAGCACCAACUUCCGUGGAUGAUCAUGAAAUAGCCGGGGUUAGGGAUGGUAAUAAAGACCCUGCUGUCAGUGAUAGAGAAGCAGCUGGGUUGAAUAAUUUAACAGCAAGUCAAGGAACUUCAAGCAAACCCCAUGAUGACUCUCCUUCUAAGCCAACAGGAUUUCAUUGGGAUGAGAUGGCUGUCAAGAAAAACAAUGACGAUAACACUAAAGGGCAUGCACAGCCUAUGGCUUGGACAGAGAACCCACUCAGAUCUGUUCCUGGAGGAGAAUCCUCCGUUGGCGUUGGUGCUCCAGAGGGGGGAGACAUCCUUAUUGAUAUCAAUGACCGCUUCCCUCGUGACUUCCUCUCUGAUAUAUUCUCCAAGGCAAGAACCUCUGAGGGCCCCCCUGGAAUCAGUCCACUGCAUGGUGAUGGAACUGGCUUGAGCUUGAAUUUGGAGAAUCAUGAACCUAAGCAUUGGUCAUUCUUUCAAAAGUUGGCUCAAGAGGAGUUUAUUAGGAAAGGUGUUUCCCUUAUGGACCAGGAUCAUCUUGGGUAUCCAUCCUCACUUAUGAAUAUUGAGGAAGGGACUCCUAUAGAUUACAGUUUUCCUCCUUUGAAGAGUGAUGGAGUUGCCUUGGGUCCUAUGGAUUCCCGUAUCAAUUUUGAGGAGGAAAUUCAGCAAGAGUCUUCCAGCAUGGUUAGACCUAACACCAUUGAUAUGCAUGAAGAUUAUGACCCUUCUCCGGUCAAGAGAGAUGAAAGCGUGCAGAUGGAUGGAAUGGCUAACCCAAGAACGCCAGAUUCGGAUUAUGAGGAGGUAAAAUUCGAAAUUCAGAACACAGGCGCACCUUUUGUUGAUCCCUCUUUGGGAGAUAUCGAUAUUAGCACCUUGCAGAUCAUAAAGAAUGAAGAUCUUGAAGAGUUGAGGGAAUUGGGUUCUGGCACAUUUGGGACUGUUUAUCAUGGAAAAUGGAGGGGAACAGACGUUGCUAUUAAAAGAAUAAAGAAGAGCUGUUUCACUGGUCGUUCAUCUGAGCAAGAAAGAUUGACUGUGGAGUUUUGGCGUGAAGCUGACAUUCUGUCAAAGCUUCACCAUCCCAAUGUGGUGGCAUUUUAUGGCGUGGUGCAGGAUGGACCAGGGGGAACACUAGCCACUGUGACAGAAUUUAUGGUUAAUGGUUCGCUUAGGCAUGUUUUGGUUUCCAAGGACAGGCAUCUUGAUCGUCGUAAGCGGCUCAUUAUUGCAAUGGAUGCGGCAUUUGGAAUGGAAUACUUGCAUUCAAAGAAUAUUGUGCAUUUUGAUCUGAAAUGCGAUAACUUGCUUGUGAACUUGAAAGAUCCUCUACGACCCAUUUGCAAGGUUGGUGACUUUGGCUUGUCAAAAAUUAAACGAAAUACCUUGGUUACUGGUGGUGUGCGGGGAACCCUUCCAUGGAUGGCACCAGAAUUAUUGAAUGGUAGCAGUAGUAGGGUUUCUGAAAAGGUUGAUGUUUUCUCCUUUGGUAUUGUCCUAUGGGAGAUCCUCACUGGUGAGGAGCCUUAUGCCCAUAUGCAUUAUGGAGCAAUCAUAGGAGGCAUUGUGAACAACACAUUGAGACCACCUGUCCCAAGCUACUGUGAUUCUGAGUGGAAAUUGCUAAUGGAGCAGUGUUGGGCCCCAGAUCCCAUUGGCCGCCCAUCAUUCACUGAAAUUGCUAGACGAUUACGGGCGAUGUCUGCAGCAUGCCAAACAAAACCCCAGGGUUAUUCAGCAGGACCAGCACACAACCCAGUCACCAAGUAAACAGGUGUUUGGUGAUUCAUCCUUUUUCAAGCUCAUAAUGAAUUAUGAUGAUAAUAAAAGAGUAUUUUUAUUUACCCACAAAGGUACUGUGUAUGAUACAAGUAGGGAGAAUGGGCUCCCAUUGAGGGUGUGAGAUAAUAGGUUGGUUUUCUAAAUGAUUAUUGAACAAUAUGAUCGCUUUUUGUGCAAACCUGAAGAAACAAAUGAACAUUCUGUAAAUCUACUAUUUGUAUCAAUAGCAAAUACGGACUUGGCUUUUGGUCAUCUCUGUAAGUUUGUAACCAA